ACCACUUAUAUAGAGAACAAAAAAAUGAGUCAGAAUUGUAAUACGAGUUUAGUCUUGAGGAAAGGGGCAUGGACUGCCGAAGAAGAUAUGCUUCUCAAGAAUUGUGUCGAGAAUUUUGGCGAAGGCAAAUGGCACCUUGUUCCACUCAGGGCAGGCUUAAACCGAUGCAGGAAGAGUUGUAGGCUACGAUGGUUGAAUUAUCUAAGGCCAAAUAUUAAAAGAGGAGACUUUGACAAAGAUGAAGUAGACCUCAUGCUUAGGCUUCACAAGCUUCUAGGUAAUAGAUGGUCAUUGAUUGCGGGAAGACUACCAGGAAGAACUGCUAAUGAUGUGAAAAAUUAUUGGAACACCCAUCUUAGAUCCCGUCUCAAACAAGAGAAAGAAAAACUUAAAGAUGGUGAACAAUCAGAGCAUACCAUGGUCACAGUUAUUAAGCCUCAACCACGUACCAUUUCGAAAACCUUAAAUUUGUACCCACACGUUACACCCCAUGACACCCAUAACUUGGUAACAUCAUCAAACAAUGACAGUAUCGACAACACCUUCAACAUCUCCCCAAACGUAGUCUCGUCACCAACAUUUGUUGACAAGAUUAACGGGUAUUUGGAGGAGUUAUUUGACAACGAGGAGAAGAAAAUUGACGAUGAAGUUGGGUGGUCUUUCGGUUUGGAGGCGGAAGGUUUAGAUGGUGUCAAGCAAGUAGAUGGCCAAAACAGUGUGUUUGAUUUACCCAUGGAUGAGGUCGUCAUGUUGGACCUUCUUUACUGAGAAGUGAGAACAAUGAAGAUUCUUAUCAGGUGUCACAUGAAAUUAUUAUAAAUAAAGGUUAAUGUACUACAAAAUUCAGUAUCAAUAUUGUUGAAUAUUGUUGAG